AUGUUAGCUGAUAAAUCUGAAUCGUUAAAACGAGGGGCCGUAGCGUCAGUUGGCGCUUGCGCGUACACGGUAGCCGUGAAACGAGUGGUUUUUCAUUCUAUAUCGCCGUCCGCCGGUAUGAACAGCCGUCAAUUCCGUCGACUAGCUACCAGCCAACUCUUAAAACAGACAACAUGUAUCUGCUUCCGAAGAUAUAGUCAAGUGAGACCCGUCUAUGUUAUAGAACGACCUAAAUGGCGAAACUCCGCACCAAGCUUCUAUGCCGCACAGUCGAUUGAUAUGCGACACUACUCUUUCGUACACAACCUAGAUCCAACUCAGGUGAUUGUUGACAUAUUUUUCGGCUGGUCGCCUACAGUUCGUGAAGGAUCUCAUAAAAAUGCUGAUGAUGUUUUAUUUGACAUGUUUAAAAAUGAAGAAACAGGAUUAUUGCCCGUUGGAAAAUUUUUGGCCGCCUUGAGGACUACUGGAAUUAAGAAAAAUGAUCCUCGGGUUAAAGAGGUCAUGCACAAUUUAUACAAAGUUCACAAGGAAUCAAAUCUCGAAGGAGGAUCUCCCGAGACGCUGAAGUUAGACAGAAAAAACUUUAAAGAAGUCAUAGCUCCAAAUAUUGUGUUAAUCACGAAAGCAUUCCGUAGUCAGUUUGUGAUUCCCGAUUUUCAAGAUUUCAUUAAAGACAUUGAAGAAAUGUAUUGGUCAGCUAAGAGUAAUACAGAUGGGAAAGUAGCUAGUUAUAUCCCUCAAUUAGCCCGUGCGAGCAGUGAAAGCUGGGGUGUUAGUAUUUGUACGAUCGAUGGACAGAGAUUUUCGAUUGGUGACGUCAACGUUCCAUUCACUCUACAGUCAUGCAGCAAGCCCUUAACAUAUGCGAUGGCGCUAGAAACUCUGGGCCCUGACGUGGUACAUAAGUACGUCGGCACAGAGCCAAGCGGCCGCAACUUCAAUGAACUCGUCUUAGAUUAUAAUAUGAAACCUCAUAAUCCUAUGAUAAAUGCCGGAGCUAUUUUGGUUUGCUCGUUACUGAAAAGCUUGGAUAAGCCAGAAAUGACUCUAGCUGAAAAAUUCGACUACGUUAUGUCAUUCUUUAGUCGUCUAGCUGGCAAUGAAGUUUUGGGUUUUAAUAAUGCCGUAUUUUUAUCUGAGCGCGAGGCCGCAGACAGAAAUUAUGCGUUAGGAUUUUAUAUGCGUGAACACAAAUGCUAUCCUGAAAAGACAAACUUACGUGAAUGUAUGGAUUUCUAUUUCCAGUGUUGCUCAAUGGAAGCUAAUUGCGAUAUAAUGUCCAUAAUGGCUGCCACUUUGGCAAAUGGUGGAAUAUGCCCUAUCACGGAUGAAAAAGUCCUACGACCUGAUUCUGUUCGAAACGUAUUAUCGUUAAUGCAUAGCUGUGGAAUGUAUGAUUACUCAGGGCAAUUCGCCUUUAAAGUAGGUCUCCCUGCUAAAUCUGGUGUUUCUGGAGCAAUGCUCAUUGUCGUUCCUAAUGUUAUGGGCAUAUGCACCUGGUCUCCUCCUCUUGAUCCACUUGGGAACAGCUGCAGAGGUCUUCAGUUUUGUGAUGAAUUAAUCGCAAGAUUUAACUUCCAUAAAUACGAUAACAUCCGAUACGCAAGUCACAAGAAAGAUCCUCGUCGUUACAAAUUUGAGUCCACGGGACUCAGCAUCGUCAAUCUCUUGUUCUCAGCUGCUAGUGGGGAUAUAAGCGCCUUAAGAAGGCAUCAUCUGUCUGGUAUGGAUAUGAAUCUCUCUGACUACGACGGUCGCACGGCUCUUCAUUUAGCGGCAGCUGAGGGUCACUUGGCUUGCGUGGACUUCCUCCUCGCUCAGUGUAAUGUACCUCACGAUCCUCAGGACCGAUGGGGAAGUCGACCGCUCAAUGAAGCCGAGACCUUCGGCCAUGAUGCUGUGGUACAAUAUUUGAAGGAAUGGGAGAAAACGCAUCCCGCCACCCAAAAAGAGGAAACCCCACAAACCGUUGAUGAGAUCCUCGAAAGGAACAAAAGGGAGGCAGAUGAAGCUUUGAAAGAUCCAAGUAUCCAGGAAAUAGUUACUAGAAAUGGAGAUAAAGUACAGUAA